AUGUUUGAUACGGGUUUACAAAGACAUAAUCUGAAAUGUCAUCGGAUUGCGUCGAGUGCCAGAGGCAAUUUCUUCACCGUAGACUGUUAUUCUUUUUGCUCUUUAACCAUCUCUCCUAUUUCUUUUCUUUUUUCUUUCUUUGUUUACUUUUUCUUCUGUUCUUUUCUCGAUACUUUUCUGUUUCUCUAUUUUUUGUGUUGUUUUUGUUCACUCUACCUACGCGUCAUUUUGUCUUUUUUUCUGGUUUUUCUCGUAUUUUUCCCCUUUUAUGUUUUCUUUUUUUUUUCAAGCUUCGUUUUCAUUCGCCUCACCUGUUCUCCCUGUUGCAUCUUCGUUUCCUUUUUUUUAUCACUUGUCUUUCUUCGUUCUCUCUUUUACUUAGAUUUCACUACACACCAUCUUCCCUCUUCUUCUUUUCGUCUUUGUCUCCCCCUGUUUUUCUCUUUCUUUUCUCUUUCAUUUUUGCUGUUUAUCCCUUCUUCCUUUCUUUUCCGUUUAUUCCUUUUUUCUCUUUCCAUAAUUCUCCUUCAUUUUCUUUUUCUUCCUUUUCCUCUUUUUUCGUAUCACUUUGUUGAUCCCUUUCUUCUUUUUCUAAUUUCUUUUUUUUUUCAAUAUAACACUGAUAUCUUCUUUUAUUUCUUUUUUCUUCCUUUAUUACAUUUCAACUUCGGAGCUGUCAUUUUCAAUCCCUAUCACGUGAUUUCUCUUUUUAUCGCCCCUCUCCCUUUCUCUGUCUCGUCCUCUCAUUCCAGCUCUCACGCUUUCCUACUCCUCCUCUCUAUCCCCCCCUUUCUAUCACAUUCUUUCUCUCUCCGGUCGCUCUCUUUCUUCUCAGUCUUUUUUAUCCCCCCUUCUCUCUCUCUCUCUCUCUCUCUCUCUCUCUCUCUCACUCUCUCAAGAUCUGGUUUUCUCAUUUCUCUUUUUAUCACUCCGCUCUCUCUCUCUUUGUCUCGCCCUCUCUUUCGAUAUCUCUCGCUCUUCUAUUCCUCCUUUCUAUCUCCCCGACAGGGCAACUUUUAA